AUUUUAGCCAUGGCAGUGUCCGGACUAGCAGGGGCAUUGAUCGUUGUCUUAAUUGGCAGUGUUGUAUUGCGCUAUACCGGGGCAGAUGAAGAAAUUGUAGAACGCAGUUUUACCAUCGAUCAUGAGGCGAACACCUUCCUUUUGGAUGGCAAACCAUUUCAAUAUGUUGCCGGUUCAUUCCACUAUUUCCGAGCCCAUCCAAAUGCUUGGCAAAAACGAUUGCGAACCAUGAGAGCUGCCGGCUUAAAUGUAGUCGACACAUACGUGGAAUGGUCCUUGCACAAUCCCCGAGACGGAGAAUACUUAUGGAGCGGAAUUGCGGAUUUGGAAAGAUUUAUCCAAUUGGCACAGGGUGAAGGAUUUCAUGUCAUUCUACGACCUGGUCCCUAUAUUUGUGCGGAAAGAGAUAAUGGUGGAUUGCCGUAUUGGCUCUUUACAAAAUAUCCUGGCAUAAAAAUGAGAACCAAUGAUACCAAUUACACUCAUGAGGUUUCAAUCUGGUAUUCUAAACUUAUGCAACGCAUGCAGCCCUAUAUGCAUGGCAAUGGAGGUCCUAUAAUUAUGGUGCAAGUUGAAAAUGAGUAUGGAGUUUUUCAUGCCUGCGAUCAUGACUAUCUGAAUUGGCUGCGAGAUGAAACCGAGAAGUAUGUGCAAGGUAAGGCCUUGCUUUUUACCACGGACAUACCCAAUGACCGGAUUCAAUGCGGAAAAAUAGAAGGUGUAUUUGCCACCACUGAUUUUGGAUACGACAGACUCCAUGAAAUUGAUGAAAUAUGGGAAAUUUUAAGAUCGGUUCAGCCCACAGGUCCCUUGGUUAAUUCGGAAUUCUAUCCCGGAUGGUUAACUCAUUGGCAGGAGGACAAUCAAAGGCGUGAUGGCGUUCUGGUGGCCAAUGCUUUAAGGAAAAUGUUAGAAUAUAAAGCCAGUGUUAACUUUUAUAUGUUCUUUGGUGGCACUAAUUUCGGGUUUACUGCAGGCGCCAAUGAUUUUGGAGACUCAAAGUAUGCUCCGGAUGUAACUUCCUACGACUACGAUGCUGUCAUGGAUGAGGUUGGAAAUAUCACCCACAAAUUUGAACUUGUUCGAGAAGUUAUACGCGAAUACUUGGAUAUACCCAAUGUUAGGUUGUUUAAGGAGGAAAGUUUUGCCUAUGGCCGUGUGGAAAUGUCGCCAGUAUUAAAUUUACUUUCACCUGAGGGACGUAAUAUUCUGGCCAAAGGCGACGCAGUUCUAUCAACAAAACCCAUGACUUUUGAAGAACUAGAUCAAUUUUCUGCUCUGGUAUUGUACGAAACAAAUCUUACAGGAAUCGAUGAAGGGCAAUCUUAUGUAUUGACCCUUAACGAUCUCAGAGAUCGAGCUUUAGUAUAUGUCGAUCACGAAUGGCAAGGAAUUUUAUCACGACAAAAUGCAAAUUUUUCUUUGACGCUGGAAAAUCUUAAGAACUCCAAAUUGCAGUUGUUGGUGGAAAAUCAAGGACGAAUAAAUUUCAACAUUGCCGACGAUAUUAAAGGGAUAUUGGGUUCAAUCACCCUUCAGAAAGGUGGAGUUGGUGAUGUUGAAGAACUGGAAAAUUGGCACAAUACCGGUUUUCCACUUGAAGAUCCUCAAAUAUCCGAAUUAUGGACUGCCAUUCACAAUAAAGCCUUGAAGGAGUUGGAAAAUGACACCACCAGUCGCUUGCAUCAUGGCCCAGUGGUCUAUUAUGGUGAAUUCGUAGUGAAUAAAUUACGACACACCUUUUUAAAUCCCUCUGGUUGGGGUAAGGGAGUGGCUUUCGUAAAUGGCUUCAAUUUAGGACGUUAUUGGCCUCCAGCCCGACCACAAUUGACUUUAUAUGUUCCCCAGGAAAUUCUCCAUCUUGGAGUCAAUUCAAUGGUUCUUGUAGAAUACGAACAAACCAAUCGUGAAGGAGAGAAUGUCAAACCUUUUAUAACUUUCGAUGAUACGCCUCAAUUGGAUUUAUAAUAGAAAAAUGUUGCAUAAUGCAAAAUAAAAGUUAAACUUUCACA